AUGUCACGAUUCUUUGCCGCCAGCGACAGCUCCUCGGAAGAGUCCAGCGAGGAGGAGCUCUACUCCGACAACGAGGCAUCUGCACAGGAAGACUCCGACAAGGACUCGGAUGACGAUGAUUCCGACGACGAUGACUCGUCCUCUGGCUCCGAAGCUGGAGGCGCCAACCGUUUCUUGAAAGACGCCGACAGCGACAGUGAGAGCGAGGACGAGGACCAGAACAAAGUGCUCAAGAGCGCCAAAGACAAGCGCUUCGACGAGCUAGAGGCGACGAUAAGAUUGAUUGAGAAUGCACAGAGGAUCAACGACUGGGCCGUCAUCUCAGACCAAUUCGACAAGCUGAACCGACAGGCCCCGACGCUGAUGAAGCAGAACGAUGGCAAGGUCCCCAAGCUGUAUAUCCAGGCCAUUGCCGACCUCGAGACGGUCGUGCUCGAGACACACGAGAAGCAGAAGGUCACGCCCAAGAAGAUGAACGCCGUCAACACGCGUGGUUUCAACGCCGUCCGCCAGAAGGUCAAGAAGCACAACCGCGAAUUCCAGAAGGACAUUGAUCUGUACCGGGAGAACAAGGACGAGUUCAUGCGCGAGACCGAGGAGGUGGAGGCCGCGCCCAAGGAGAAGAAGAAGAAGUCCAAGAUCCCCCAGCUCGGCACCGAGAUUGUCGAUGAGGCGACCGACGACGGCUUCAUCACAGUUGGCGCCGGUGGCAAGGCAGUGCAGUACACACCCGAGGGUAUCCUCAAGCACCUGCGCGCAAUUGUCGAGCAGCGAGGACGCAAGAACUCGGACAAGCUCGAGCACAUCCGGACACUGGAGAAGCUGUUCGAUGUCUCAGUCAACGACUACCAGAGGAUCCGCGUGCUGCUCACGCUCAUCUCUACACGAUUCGACUUGACGUCCGGUACGGCAAGCCACAUGCACCAGGACCAGUGGAAGCUUGCUGACCAAGAGUUUGGCAAGCUCCUCGAGAUCCUCGAGAACACCAAGGAGAUUGUUGUCAUCGAGAACGCCGAAGAGUGGGAGGACGACGACAAGCUGCCCCCGAUCGAGGAGGGCCAGAUCUUCCGCAUUCCUGGCAGCGUUGUCUCUUUCGUUGAGAGGCUCGACGACGAGCUCACCCGCUCGCUGCAACACAUCGACCCCCACACAGCCGAGUACGUUGAGCGUUUGACAGACGAGGCUCUGCUCUACGCCCAGCUCGUGCGCGCUCUGAUCUACGUUGAGAGCCUGAAGAAGAACGCAAGCUUGGAGCUGCCACAAGAGUCGCUCAACCGUGUUGUCAUGCGACGAUUGGAACACGUCUACUUCAAGCCCUCUCAAGUUGUCACCAUCAUGGAGGCCAACAGCUGGAAGGCCGUUCCCGAGACCCUCGAUUCCGAAGUCACUCCUCGCGCCAUCUCCAACGACACCACCUCCCUCGUCCAGACCCUCAGCACAUACCUCUUCCAGAACAGCGAAGGCAUCAUCCGUGCCCGCGCCAUGCUGUGCCAGAUCUACUUCCUGGCUCUGCACGACCAGUACUACAAGGCUCGUGACAUGAUGCUCAUGUCCCAUUUGCAGGAGACAAUCAGCAACUUCGAUGUCAACACACAGAUCCUCUUCAACCGCGCACUGGUACAAGUCGGUCUCUGCGCGUUCCGCGCUGGUCUGGUCUACGAGUCGCAGAACUCGCUGCAGGAGAUUUGCGGCAGCAACAGGCAGAAGGAGCUGCUCGCACAGGGUCUCCAGAUGCAGCGGUACUCACAAAUCUCGCCAGAACAGGAGCGUCUUGAGCGCCAGCGCCAGCUUCCCUUCCACAUGCACAUCAACCUCGAACUCCUGGAGUGCGUAUACCUCACAUGCUCCAUGUUGCUUGAGAUUCCUCUCCUUGCACAGCUCGGCUCGUCGCCAGACCUCAGGAAGCGAGUCAUCAGCAAGACAUACCGCCGUCUCUUAGAAUACCAUGAGAGGCAAAUCUUCACCGGCCCGCCAGAGAACACGCGUGACCACGUCAUGCAAGCAUCAAAGGCGCUGUCUGCCGGCGAGUGGAAGAAGGCAGCCGAGUUCAUCAAUUCGAUCAAGAUCUGGGAGCUCGUUGCCGACUCGGAGAAGAUCAAGGAGAUGCUCUCAGCACAGAUCCAAGAAGAGGGUCUGCGAACAUACCUCUUCACCUACGCCCCCUACUACGACACUCUCGCCGUCUCCACCCUGGCAUCCAUGUUCGAGCUCUCAGAACGCAAGGUCUCGGCCGUCGUCUCCAAGAUGAUCUCACACGAAGAACUCGCCGCCGCGCUCGACCAGGUCAACUCAGCCAUCAUCUUCCGCAAGGGCGUCGAGCUCUCGCGCCUCCAGACCCUCGCCCUCAGCUUGUCGGACAAGGCGUCCGGCCUCAUCGAGUCCAACGAGAAGACGCUCGAACAACGCACACAAGGAACUGCCAACGCUUUCGAGCGACAAGGCGGACGCGGUGGACGAGGCGGUGGUCGCGGACGUGGAGGCGGUCGUGGUGGAGGUGUGCCCCGUGGCGGAAGGAAUCAACAGUUCACUGGUGGUGCGCUUGGUCGGGCUAUUCAGGCUUAG